AUGGCGGAUCAACUCAACAUGAAUGGUCUCAACCUCAACGGUGGUGAACCACGCUCAUAUAUUCCUCCCCACAUGCGAGGCAAGAUGGGUGGCCCUGCUCCAGCCGGUCCACCAGCAAACUUGAAUGGCAGUGCUUGGGCUCCUCAAGGCAACGGAUACGCUAAUGGUCCACGUCCAGCUGGAGGCGAUUCUUGGGCUAACGCUCCCGACUUCACCCCACGCGGAAAUGGUGCGCCACGAGGUGGGAAUAACUGGAACCCAUCUGGCCCUCCAUCCUUCAACAAGAACGCUUAUGGUAACCCUGCGGCAGGAGCUGGUGGGCCUGGUAGCGCCGGUGGUGCUGGUGGUGCUGGUGGUGGUGCUGGCCAAGCUCGUGGUGGUGGAGAUGGACAAUGGCGAGAUGGAAAACACAUUGCUGGUCCUGCAAAUGCUCGUUUAGAACGUGAGCUCUUCGGUAUUGCAGAUGACCCAACCAAGCAACAAACCGGUAUCAACUUUGAGAAAUACGAUGACAUCCCAGUUGAAGCAUCUGGUCAAGAUGUUCCUGAGCCAGUUCUCAAAUUCACCAACCCUCCACUCGAUGACCAUCUCAUCAAGAACAUUGAGUUGGCACAUUACAAAGUCCCAACCCCUGUUCAGAAAUACUCUAUUCCAAUUGUUAUGGGUGGCCGUGAUUUGAUGGCUUGUGCCCAGACUGGUUCAGGAAAGACUGGUGGUUUUUUGUUCCCCAUCUUGUCUCAAGCAUUUCAAACCGGUCCAUCUCCCAUUCCAGCCAAUGCUGCAGGAAGCUUUGGACGCACUAGAAAGGCAUACCCAACCUCUUUGAUCCUCGCUCCCACUCGUGAGCUUGUUUCCCAAAUUUUCGAUGAAUCACGCAAAUUCGCCUACAGAUCUUGGGUUCGCCCUUGUGUUGUUUAUGGUGGUGCUGAUAUUGGUUCCCAACUCCGUCAAAUGGAGCGCGGUUGUGAUCUUCUCGUUGCUACCCCAGGUCGUCUUGUCGAUUUGAUUGAGCGUGGCCGUAUCUCCCUCCAAAACAUCAAGUACUUGGUUCUCGAUGAGGCUGAUCGUAUGUUGGACAUGGGUUUCGAACCACAGAUUCGACGAAUUGUCGAGGGUGAAGAUAUGCCAGGUGUUCAAAACCGUCAAACUCUCAUGUUUUCAGCCACCUUCCCCCGCGAUAUUCAAAUGCUCGCCCGUGAUUUCUUGAAGGAUUACGUCUUCUUGUCUGUUGGUCGUGUUGGUUCUACCUCUGAGAACAUCACCCAGAAGGUUGAAUACGUUGAGGACAUUGACAAACGUUCUGUCCUCUUGGACAUUCUCCACACUCACGGUGCUGGUCUUACACUCAUCUUCGUUGAAACUAAGCGCAUGGCCGAUUCCUUGUCGGACUUCUUGAUCAACCAAAACUUCCCUGCCACUUCCAUUCACGGUGAUCGUACUCAACGUGAGCGUGAACGUGCUCUUGAGAUGUUCAGAAACGGCCGAUGCCCAAUCCUCGUUGCAACUGCUGUCGCAGCCAGAGGUUUGGACAUCCCUAACGUUACUCACGUUGUCAACUACGAUCUUCCUACCGAUAUUGAUGAUUAUGUUCAUCGUAUUGGUCGUACAGGUCGUGCUGGUAACACUGGUAUCUCCACCGCAUUCUUCAACCGUGGAAACCGCGGUGUCGUUCGUGAUCUCAUCGAACUUUUGAAGGAGGCUAACCAAGAGAUCCCAGCUUUCCUCGAGAACAUUGCUCGUGAAGGUGCUGGUUUCGGUGGUGGUCGAGGAGGUCGAUCAGGUGGUCGUGGACGUGGUGGUGGUGCAAACCGUGAUUUUCGUAAGUUUGGUGGUGGAGGAGGUGGCGGUUUCAAUGGAGGUGGUGGAUUUGGUGGACCUCCAGCCUCUGGUGGAUAUGGUGGUGGUGGUGGAUUUGGUGGCCCACCUGCUCCAGCUAGCUACGGACCUCCACCAGGACAAUAUGGUGGUGGUGGCUACGGUGGUGGCGGUGGGGCCUAUGGCAAUCCAUCUGCUGGUGGUGGCCAAAGCUGGUGGUAA